CCGGUUUUGCCACCCUCUCUUCCCUUAUAUAUAUACCCCAUCUCCCUCACUAUUUCAACUUACCAGAUCUCAUCUUUUUCAUUUCAACAUGAUUGAAUUUUCUGGGUUUGUUUAGUUUUGAUAUUUCUUUGUUGGGUUUGAAAUGGAUUUUUGAAUCUGGGUGUUGCUUCAUUUAACAGAGAGGUUUCGAGCUUCGAAUCUUGAUCCUGUUUUCUCGGUUGGGUUAAUAGUAUAUACGGCUAUAGUUUCAAUCGUAUUGACGAGUGGAGAAAUUUGUACAAGCGGUUUCCGAUCUCCAGGUGUUUGUGUUUGUCUCAGUGAACAUGACUAUUGUUGAAGCUGGAAUGGUGCAACAGAGAAGGGGGACAGCUGCCGUAAGGCAUGUAAACAGGGUGAGGUAUGUUAAUACGAAUGGGAUUUCGAAGAAGAAGAAGAGGAGAUGCAGAGUGGGAAGAAGGCGGCCUGUACUGCAAGAUCUCUUCCUUUCAUGCAGAGAGGUCUUCAAAGGCCCUGGCACUGUUCCUCAACCUAGUGAAGUGACAAAGUUGUGCCAAAUUGUUGAUAAGAUGAGACCAGAAGAUGUUGGGCUUAGCAGUGAUCUACAGUUUUUCCAGACUACAGACAAAGUGCAAGGGAACCCAAGGGUUACGUACACGACUAUAUACCAGUGCAAUGAGUUCUCGUUAUGCAUUUUCUUUCUCCCAGCAACCGCGGUAAUCCCCCUCCAUAAUCAUCCAGGAAUGACCGUCUUCAGUAAACUUUUACUGGGACAAAUGCACAUCAAAUCAUAUGACUGGGUUGAUCCUGCCAAUUCAGAAGAGUCUGUGCCAGCUUCACAUUUGAGAUUGGCAAGAGUGGAAGCCAAUAGUGUCUUCACAGCUCCUUGCGAUACUUCUGUCUUGUAUCCUACAACGGGAGGCAAUAUCCAUCAGUUUACAGCCAUAACACCCUGUGCGGUGCUUGACGUGCUUGGACCUCCCUAUUCGCAUGAUCGGGACUGCUCAUACUACAGAGAUUUCCUAUACUCUGCCUUUUCAAAUGAGAGGAAGCACAGAUUCAUGAAAUUUCUUCCCACAGUGGAGGCAUGGCCUCGGUUAUAAUCACUGUUGGUUCUUUUUCUUUACUUGUACCAUCAAAAUCCAUGGCAGCCACAACUAUGAACACUAACUUGCUGUUUUCAUUAUGCAGAUGGAGAAACAACUGGAGUGACUGAAGAGGAACGCGAAUCCUAUGCAUGGUUAGAGGAAAUAGAAAUGCCAGAGAAUCCACCGAUGGAUAGAAUUGAGUACCUGGGUCCACAGAUUACUGACACUGGGUUCUAGAUAUCUGCAGAUGGUUUUUCAAGAGGAAAAGAAGUUUCUACUUUUUUUUCUUUUUUUUUUCCCUUGUGCUAGAUCUGUGUCUUGUGUUCUGUGAUCCAGCAAUGUAUGUAUAGAAAUGGUUCUCUCUUUCUUUUUUUUUCUUUUUUUUUCGUCUUUGGGUUAAUUGUUUUAAUCACAGCUUAAAAAGAAAAUGAAAUAUAGUUUUUUUU